UAUAUUGCGCCAUGGUCCGGCCGCUUUUAUUCACUUUGGGAUACCGGAUAUGCAAAAAUUCACAUUCCAAUCAUCGCGUCGGUGUCCGAGCAUCAACCAACAACUUGGGUGUCAUUCUUUUUUGAUUUACAUAUCACGGCUGCAGUUUUUCCAGUUGGCCUAUGGUACUGUGUUAAAAAUGUCAACGAUGAAAGAGUCUUUGUGAUUCUGUACGCCGUAACAGCCGUUUAUUUUGCCGGUGUGAUGGUUCGUCUGAUGCUUACGCUUACACCUGUUGUUUGUGUGCUUUCUGGCAUUGCUUUUUCGCACACCUACGAAAGAUAUUUGUUUGAUGAGAGUGAACAAUCUAAAAGCAGCAGCGAUGAGGAAGAAAAUAAGCAUUUGUACGAUAAGGCAAGCAAAAAUCGAAAAGGUGGAUUAUGGGCGAAUCAGGUAGCAACGGAGGGCGAUGAUGCAACGAUUGGAAUGAAUGCGCGAUCGAUUGUUUCAGUAGUUUUGGUGCUGAUGCUUCUAAUGUUCGUCGUCCAUUGCACCUAUGUAACAAGCAAUGCGUAUUCUCAUCCAUCCGUUGUGCUACAGUCACACAGCUCCGAUGGGUGA